AUGAGGAGAGAGAGGAAUGAAGUCCUCAAAAGUGAGCCACGAGGGACAGUGGUGUCCCUUACUGCGGGGGAGCAGACCCGCACCCAGACUCAGCCGACCCCUGACUUUGGGGGCCAGGAGACAGGCAAGAUGCUCAACUGGAAGCUCCUGGGGAUCCUGGUCCUUUGCCUGUUUUGCCGAGGCAUCUCAGGCAGCGGAGACCAUCCAUCUCCCUCAUCCACAGAGCCCUCAGAGGAGGAGGGCCCCCCAACAUUGACUCAGGGCCCCCCAAUCCCUGGUGACCCCUGGCCAGGGGUACCCCCUCUCUUUGAGGACCUUCCACCUCCAGGCCCCAGUCGUCCCUGGAGAGACCUGCCUGAAUCUGGAGUCUGGCCUCCUGUACCCCCUAGAACUGAUCCCUCUCAACCUCCCCGGCCUGAUGACCCCUGGCCAGCAGGACCCCAGCCUCCAGAAAACCCCUGGCCACCUGCCUCUAAGGUGGGCCACGGAUCUCAGGAGGAGCCAGAUCUUGACCCACCCCAGGAGGAGUACAGAUAA